AGGAGAUAAAUAUUCGUCAUCUUUAGCACGAAGCAGAGAUACAGACAAAAUCCUCUCGACGUAGGAAAAGAAUGGACAAGAUCUCCAAGAGUGCUGUCGCCCUGCUUUUGGCUUUACUUGCUUUAUCAUCCAUUUGUUCAUGGAGUCUCUUAGCAGAAGCUAGGGUUACCCAGUUCUCUGCUAUCCAAGGUGCGAAACCUAACUUUGAAAAAACUAUAAUCCACUAUAACCAAAGUAUCGUGCGCCGCCGCAGUAUGAAGGGAGAUCCUCCCGGUCUAGUUUUAAGUCCACAGUUAAAUCCAGCUCCUCAUCAGUUUCAGCAGAACCUUUAAUUAAGUUCUUAAGCGGAUCCUCCCGGUCAAAGUUCGAGUCCACAUAUAAAUCCACCUCCACGUCAUGGUUGAUUUGCUUUUGGACCUUGAACUGCUCUGGAGACAACGUUUAGUUUGGAACAAAUUUGCCCCGGCCAUCAUCAUAUAUGUACCACGAAUAAUGUUUUUUUUUUUUUUUUGGAUAAGGUACCACGAAUAAUGUUUUAGGAGUUAGUAAGUGCUUAAUGUUAGCCUAAUCUUUACCUGUUAGCCGAAUCCCUUCAUGGUCUAAUGUUCUGGAAUCCUCUUUUAGCAAAUUAAUUACUGUACUUUGUUAUCGUAAUUAAUGUUAGGUUUGUAU